AUGAAAGUUUCUUUUGCUAUCACAACAAUGGCUUUGCUGUCGCAUGACGCUCUUGGUUUUUCCAUGAAAAAUGAGAGACACAACGUAGAAAGUUUGGAUACAGGACGACGAAAUCUGCUGACGGUCGUGCCAGCUGCUCUAGUGGCUUCUCAAAGCGCUGCCUUUUGGGGCGCUGAACCAGCCUUUGCGACUCCAGCUGCUGCGUUUGACGAUCUUCCCCCAGAUGCUGCCAAAUCUUACUACCAAUACCGCAUUCCUCUCCAACUCGCAGCGGAUUACUACAUUUUCGAGCUCCAAGAAAAGGUUGGCAAUCUGGACGAGUGGGGCAACAUUGGUCAGUUAUUCGCGUCCAAUAAUGCCCGUGGUGGACAAGGUCAACCUUCCAGAAUUGAGCGUGACUUUGUGAAUCCCAUGAGAAUUGUCUUGCUUAGUAUGCCACCAGAUGUUUCGGACGAAAUGAGAGAAGCCCAAUUCAAGUUUGAAGCUGCCAUGCAACAGAUUAGCAAGGCCACUGGUGGUUACCGAAAGGAUUUACCAGUAGAAGUUCCUCGUUCGAGUAUUGAUAAUGCCCUAAAAGGAUGGGAAGACGGUCGCCUUGCGUACAAUCAAUUCUUGGUUCUUCUGAAUGGAGUCACUGGACUUUCUGAAAUGAAACCGGUCCCUCCCGCUGGUCCCGACCAAAGAGACCAAUACGGAAGAAGUUACAGAAAGUACAAUGAAUUGGUCAAGAAGACCAAGCUCUGUCAAAAUCGUGGCGGUCCCGCACUCAGUCAAGCAUGGGGACAGCUGAUGGUGUCUGGUUACCUUCAAGACAGUUGCGGAAUCCCCGACCUGGAGAAUUAUUUCAAGCAAUAA